GAGCUGUAAAAUCACGCGCGCUUCACAGGGUUGGAUGCACGUCUAAGAGACAUCUGAUUCCUCCUCAUAUCACCACAUCCAUUACCCACACAUUGCCGCAUCGAUGGCAGCAUCAAAUGUGUGCUCGUCAUGUACGAGAAUGUUACGCCAAUCGAUACGAUCAAAUUCACAAAUCGGAAGAGUGAAUCCUUUUACCGCGCGACGAGCGUUCGGGGCGUCCUCGCGCCUUGCUGUCGAUGGAGAACAAAAUUCCUCAAGACCACCGCCACCGCUUCCGAAGUUCGCUGAGAAAGCAGCAUCAGUAGCCGCAGGGCCCCGUGCAAGUGGAUUUGCCAAUAUUGCCGCAGCAUUGCGAAACAGCCCCGCUCUGCGUGGCACUACCGAGCCUUACAUCGCCUACGGCGGCACUGAAGACCUCUUCCUAGAAUGUAAUCGACAAUGUAACUACACAAUUCCUGCGAUCCUUCAAAAACCUCCGGCCGAGCCGCCAGUGACUACUGAGGGCGAGGAGAUUGGUGUCGGCACUGGCUGGUGGUUCGAACCGAAAGCAAAAGGAGGAUUGGCUCUGCCGGUAACAUUCAAUACAUGGGCGCAGGUCAUGUUCAUACACAUGUGGCUGCUUACUGUGCGGUUCCGAUGCUUCCCGAAGGAGUACGUCAAGCAAUGGGAUCAACACCUCCUAGAUCAUUUCUUCUACGCGGCAGAGGAUCGAAUGGCGACAUGGCAUCGGAUGUCCUCGCGCAGCAUACGAAACAGGUAUCUCAAGGAUUUGUGGACACAGUGGCGAGGCGUCAUUCUGAGCUACGACGAAGGUCUUAUCAAGGGUGACGCUGUUCUCGCCACGGCAGUUUGGCGAAACAUCUUCAACGCCAGCGACGAUGUCGAUGUUGGCGAUCUAGCGACCAUUACGGCAUACAUGCUGAAGGAGCUGAAGACACUUGGGGAGGUGCAGGACGAGCUAGUCACAGAGGGAAAGAUCAGGUUUGGCGAUGCUGCACCUUUACAGAAGUCCUCACAUGGCACAGACACAGCCAAGCCUGCUGCUAAGCCAUAGCGAAUUCUUCGUCUUCGAGAACUGUAUUUUUAGAAGUAUGAUUGAAUAGGAGCUGAUGAGCCUACUCCAAUGUUUCCCAAUGGGCUUCAUGACGUGUCACGUCGGCGCGUUUGUAUAACAUUGAGCCUGCCGUGCAGGCAUGGAAAUAUAUCAGGCGGCUCACAAGCCUUGUGCGCAAAUUACAUCCAUCAUCACGCGUGUGAAUGCAUACCCCAACCAACAGCAGGCUCGAUGAGUCCAAGAUGCUUCAACUUGAAGGCCUAGCGGUCCUCAUUUCUCGAGCUCGCUUCUCGCGCUCCUUCCAGGCGCUCCGAAUCUUGUCCUUGCUCGCGAAUAGAUCUUGUUCCGUGACCCCG